UCUUGUAAACAGAAAUUUAUUAAGAUGGUGCAAAUGAGAUGAGGAAGUAACUCGUUAGAAUUAGAACUCAUGGUAUGGCUGCUAUCCGUCAACUGGUAGGCAUAGACAAAGACCAAGAGCUACUCGAAGCAGCCAGACAUGGAAAAUGCGAGGUCAUCGAGAAACUCCUGAAAAAAUCAACAAGUGGGAGUAGCCUUCUGACCAAUCUAAGUAGUUUCUUAAAAGUUAACAUAAACUGUGUGGACAGAGAGAAAGACACACCUCUUCAUCUUGCUGCACUCAACGAUCAUGUAGGUGCUGUUGAGAUACUGCUAAGAGAGAAUGCCUCAGUAAAUGUUGUAGACAACCGUGGAUGUAACCCCCUCCACUUAGCAGCGUGGAAAGGCAAUGUGGAAAUCUGUAAAAUACUGCUAACAAAUCCUCACUCACAAGUCCAAGUCAACCUACAGAACUGUGAUGGAGAAACCCCACUCCACAGUGCAGCACAAUAUGGCUUCACUCCUACAGUCAGCAUCCUUCUGGAACAUCACUCAGAUCCGACCAUCCGUAACCUGAAGGAUGAGUCACCUCUUGACCUCGCUGCUCGUUACGGUCGAGUGGAGGUGGUGCAGCUCCUGAUAGACAAGUGUCCAGACCUGGUCCACAGUCCCACCUUCAUCCACUCUCCACUCCAUCUGGCUGUGGCAUGUGGACACAGGCAGAUAGUGGAGAUCUUGUUGGACAAAGGCUUUAAUAUAAAUACAAAGACGGAGGAUGGCACUGCCUUACACCUAGCCGCCCUGUAUUGUAAGCCGGACAUAGUCAGAAUACUGCUGGAUAGAGGUAUAGACUGUACUGAGAGAGAUAAGGAUGGGAAGACAGUGUUGGAAAUUCUUCAAGAACAAAAUAAUCAAGCUUCUUUGGAAAUUCUAUCCUUAAUUACAGAUCAUCUAAAUAAGAAUUCACAAGAAAGUCUUGAAGCUAAAGUUUAUGAAACAUUAGUGGAUCACACCCCUAAACCUGUUCCCAAGCCACGCCCAUCUGUAAGCAGUUCCCCAGAACCAGAGAGGAAAAGUCCCCCCAUGCACAGAACUAGUGAAGCUUCAGUUCAGUAUGCAAGAAUAGACAAAAGUCAAACUGGAAAGGCCCCAUCAAGUGAGGAUGAGAAUGCCGUUUUCCAGAAGGACGCCCCACCUGUUCCUCCCCGACAGUCAACAUUUGAUGGGGGAGACACCUCACCUGUACAUAGUUUACCCACACAGUUACAACCAGGUGGAUAUUUAGCAAUGUCUGAAUCCCCUAUGCAGAGCCCAAAGCCAAAUCGACCAGUUAAACCUCUCAGAAAAAAGAAAGGUACAAGCCCUUUACCAAAAAGAAGCAAUACAUCUGAAUCAAGUCCAGAAAAGCCAGAAAGUACUCCACCAUAUAGAACCAGGCUUGCCUCAGACAGUGAAAUUCUAAAAACAGGAAGUGAUUUAACUAAACCUUCCAUUAAAUCAAAAGAUCAUGACAUCACUUCCUCUACAGCAGCUCCUGCACCAUGUGAUAAUUUAAAAGAUUCUAAAAAGGUUGAAAAGGUUGAAAAAUUGAAUGAUGAAAAGGUAAAGAAUUUGGAGGAAAACAAAGAUAGAAAAGUUAUUCAAACCAACUUAGAUGUCAAUUUAGAUAACAGUGCUGCAGAAGAAAAUGAACCAACAACAGAGUAUGAAGUAAUGUCCCAAGUAAAACAACCCAAUACUCAAGAACAAACUGAUGUAGAUGUGCAUACUAAAUCUUCGUCCUUAGCCAGGAUGGAGGUCAUUGAUACUUACCAAAUAGCAUCAGGCGUGACAAGGAAAAGUUCACUGGAGCGGAAAGAUGUGAUAGACACGUACCAGAUUGCCUCCAGUGUUGUCGGUAAAGGAGAGUCAUUGGACCGUAAAGAUGUGAUAGAUACUUAUCAAUUUGCUGGAGAAAUUGCUAAAUUUAGGGACAAAGAUAAUCUGCCCCCUCCAUGUCCUGCUGGGAUACAAGAGGAAGGGUCAGAGGUCAGGGGGUCAAAGGCUGAAGGAGGCAACAAAUCUGGUAAGGAAUUGAGUUUAAUUCAAGAAGAGGCAGGAACACAAUAUGAAAACAAUGCCUCUGUUGUAACAGCCCGGGAAGGAAGUGAAAGUGAAAGAACAGUAGAAGAAGAAGGAAUUCAGUAUGAGAACAAUGCUUCUGUGUCAACGGUGAGAGAAUCUCAGGGUUUUACGCCAAUGAGAGAUUCCAAAGGAUUCAUACCAAUGAGAGUUUCCAAAGGUUUUGAGACCAAAACAACAGGGGAGGUAACAAAGGAAGAAGAUAAUCCUUAUGAUGCCACUCUUUUCAUGCAGACAGGGCCAAAAUCUGAGAACAUUCCAAGUGCUCAAAGUGAACCAAAAACAGACAUUCCAAAGAAUGAGAGUGAACCAAACAAAAAAGCUGAAGAGGAAAGGAAAGAAACCUCAGAGGCUGAAUAUAUGAACAACUGUGAUAGAAACUGUAACAUUCCAAAGGAUUCCAUUGAACAGGAUGUGAUAUAUGAGGAACCAAUAAGUCGUUCUAAACAAAAAUUAGACAUUCCAAAAAAGCCAACUGUUGGUGACAAACCUAUAGACAAAAAAUCCCCCGCUGGAACAAAAGUCUCCCCAAAGGGACCUAAACCCCCACUUGUCCCCAAACCCUCAAUGAGGUCGGAUAAACAUGAUAAACAAAAAUUGGUUAGUGCUUCAAAGCAGGAUAACUGUGAUGUGCCAGUCUGUGAUAAUACAGGUGGGGAAUAUGUGACCAUUAGUGAAUCUGUGUUACAUCAGGCAAAAGAAAAGUCCGAGAGGUUGUCUAAUGGAGUUAGUGAUGCUGCAGAGGGACAAGGUACCAAGCCACCAGGGUCUUUAGAAUUGAGCAGGAAGAAGGAGGUAACAGGAAUACCUUUGACCCCCACUGGUUAUACCCAGCCCCCCACCCCCGACUUCCCUCCCCCUUCACCCCAUACAGCUCUGGUGGGCAUUGAGGAAAAAAUGGCCAUUAUUGAUAACAAGAGGUCUUCUAAAGACAUGGAAACCAUUACAGAGGCCAACAUGUUGACUGAGAGUCAAGGUCACACUGCUGAUACCGAGAAUUCCACAGUCCCUGUUACCAAGGCAACAGAAGCUGUGGAACCAGUAGUAAUGAGAAGGGCCUCUGCUAGAGGGAGUAACAGUAGCAUGGAUGACAUCGUCACAGAUGAAAAGCUGGGUCCAUUUGCAGGUUUGUACCUUAGAGAGUAA